ACAAAUUCUACAUCAUUGUUGCAGAAGAAUCUGUUUCCUGGCAAUUGGCUCCAAAAGUUUGGUCCCAGAAGAAGCAAGAACAAAGAUUUCUUGCUGAACAUAUAUAUCCGAAAAUGGGCCGCGGAGUCAGCUGUGGUGGUGGACAAAGUUCCUUGGGAUACUUGUUUGGAGGUGGAGCAGAGGCUGUUGCAAACAACACCCGUCCUCUGGAUAGGAAUGUCUCUACUAACUCUAUACCAAUUGAAAUGCAACCUCCAGCAGGCAUGCCCACAAAAAGGGAUGGAGUAGAUGCUAAGCAAGUCCCGGCUCCAAGCAAACCCACAAACACAACACCGUCUCCGAAUAAGACUACUUCUCCUGCUACAAAACCAAUUGACAAGAACAUUCCGGCAGGCAUUCAUAGCAGUCCCACAAAUAAUUACUUGCGUUUGGAUGGCCAGAACUGUGGCAACUUCAUCACAGAUCGACCAUCUACGAAGGUUCAUUCAGCUCCGGGAGGUGGAUCUUCCCUCGGAUACUUGUUUGGCGGUAGUGGUGGGAAAUGAUUCUUGCUUCUGAAUAAUGCAUCAGCAGUUGAGUUUUAGCACGGAUAAUGUGUAAUGUUAUAUCUCUCAGACAUGUCGAAGUUUAUAGUUUUAUAUAAUGAAACUGUGAACUGAAUCAUAAUGACAAUUACAUGA